CACAGGAGCAACAACUGGAUGCACGGCUUAUAAGGUGAAGCACGAAACUGGAGCAGCUCAGUUCGCUGUUGGCAGGCGUCGCCGAAGGUAGUAGCUCAAUUCAACCAGCGGAGCCAGAGGAGCAGGUCCAGUCGGAAGCCGAGGAGCCAGUCCCCCAAAACAGGACUCACAAUCGACUCAAUCGAAUCCUCCUGCAAGCAAACCAACAACGGCAGUGUUAAAUUGAAAACGGAAAAGCGAAAAACGAGAAACGAAAAACGAGAUACGAAAAGUGCACAACCGAAAAUUAUGCUAAAAUAAAUUUUACAAACGAAAAAUAAAAAUAGUAAAACGAAGGAGACUAAAAAAAAAAAAACCCUAAAAGAGGAGCAAGUUCUAGUUGAAAUUUGCAUUAGAAUUUCUGAAUUCCGGUCAAGAGCGAGUCGCGUGUCAAUUUAUGCAGCCAUAAAAGUUAAGGGGAAACUCGAGAGCCGCAGCAAGGAAAAAGGAUUCCCAUUCACCAGUCGCAGCAUUUCGAGAACGUGCCCGGCAUGCCAACAUGAUGUAGUAGACCAGACCAGGACUCCUCGCCAGCAAGGACAUCUCAACAAAAAAAAAAAAACGCACAGGCUGUUGCGCUGACGAUGUUCCAUUUCUAUUGCCAUCGACAUCGACUUGUUUGCGCCAGCGAGCCUUGAUAAGAAAACACACACACACAGAACGAGACUCUGGGCCAAUUUAUAAUCGAGGAAACAUAACGAAUUGGGUAGGCAAAUCCCGGCAGCAACUUUCCAAGUGAUUAAUUUCACAAAAAGACAAACGAAAGGAAAGCAAGGCACAAACAGCAACAAAAAACAGGAACUCGAGCCAAUUACGCCAGGAAAAGAUAGGAGAGAUCCAGAUGCCGCCAUGAGUUUCCUCAGCUCCAUGCAGCAAUAUGUAACAAGUGGCAUCUCGAGCUUGGGCCUUGGCAACCGCCGCUUCUCGCUUUCCCGCCAAGAAUCCACCGAGCAGCAGUCGGGCGGAGCCACCAUUGGUGGCGCCACACCUGGCGGCCUCGUUUCCGGCCAUCAGCAGCUGCAGCAGCAGGCGUCGUUUCCGCACCAACAGCUGCAGCAGCAGCCAUCACUUCCGCUACAGCAGCAGCAACAGUUGCUACUGCAACAGCAACAGCAACAGCAGCAACUGCAGCAGCAACAACAUGGACACGCCCCGCUGCAGCAACAGGCGAGCAUCGGCAGCGGACUGGGCGUCUAUGGCACCCCGGCCCCGCCCACCGGCGUCGUGGCAGCGUCGGCGGGCGGCAGCAAUUACCCAUCCGGCGGCGUCGUUAUCGGCAAUCCGAAUGCCACCAAUCCAUUACUGGGUUAUCCGAAAAUACCAGGUGGUUCGGUGGGACCUGGCAGUCCCUCGACAUCCGCCGGAGGAGGUGGAGGUGGGGGAACUCCCCAGUCGCGUCGCCAGUCGCGGGCACUGGAGUGCCUUGCCCCACCGCGAACCGGAUCCUUCAGGCAGCGGAACUCGCCGCUGCACCAACCGGAUCCGCCGCCCCGCCCACCGCUGGCCUUCUGCAAACGCCGCCUAAGUUGGCCAGAAGUUGACCCGCGCUCCAAUUCCGGAGUCCAGGAAACGGAUGGUUCGUACUUCGAGAACUUCACAUCGCUCGGAUGGAAACGUGAAAAUCGUCGCAUGUCGGCCACGCGUGCCGCCGAGGCACGUGCAGAGGCUAAUCCCGAGAACGAACGUGAUCCGCCGGCGGGCGAGGAGGCCAUCGACCGGCAGGACGAGAAGGAGAAGCUGUACGCGGAGGUCCUGCACACCAUUGCCAACACGGUGGGCGCCCCGGCUCCCGGCGGCCAGUUUGCACACUACAAGGACGAAAUGUAUCUGCACGCACAGCGCGCCUUCGGUGUCAAUCCGGAUCGUCAUUAUCGCCUGCUGCACGCCUCCGCCGAGGAUAAACCAAAGAUAAUCGUACUCUCUGCGGUGGUAAUCGAGGCUGAUGGCCUCGAGGCGAAAGAUGCCAAUGGUUUCUCGGACCCGUACUGCAUGCUGGGCAUCCAGCCGGACGAGAACGGCGGUCCGCCGGUGUCGCCGCUGCCGCUGCCGCCGACGCCGCGCGCCCUCUCGGCGGACAUGAGCGGCGGUUUUGAUAACAGCGCCACGGACUCGCCGCCGCACCGCAAGCACAGCUUCCGGCUGAGCUUCAAGCGGCGGGAGGGGGGACGGGGGCGGGAGCAGCGCGACUCACUCGGCGGACCGGUGCCGGCGAAGCUCAUCAAGGCCACCAGCAUCAAGCCGCACACGCUGACGCCCAAGUGGAACGAGAAGUUCAAGUUCGAUAUAGAUGACAUCAAUACGGAUACCUUCCACCUGGACAUUUGGGACCACGAUGACGAAAGCUGUGUGAUGGACGCCGUUUCUCGAUUGAAUGAAGUGCGUGGCGUUCGCGGUCUGGGGCGCUUCUUCAAACAGGUGUGUCAGUCGGCUCGACAGGGAUCCCAGGACGAUUUUCUGGGCUCCGUGAAUAUUCCGCUCUCGGAAAUACCAUCCACUGGCCUGGAUGCCUGGUUCAAGCUGGAAGCACGCAGUCAUCGGAGCACCGUUCAGGGGAGAAUCCGAUUGAAGCUGUGGCUCUCCACCCGCGAGGACAGGAGCACCGUCAGCGAGGAGAACCUCGAGCAGCAGAUCCACAAGGUCGAGCAGCUGCAGAAGGUGUUCAUGCAGCACGAGGUGACCACCCACGAACCCUCGUGGACUUGGUGCGGCGAUUUGCCAGGACCCGCUCUCACCAUCCUGCAUCAGUUGGCCGUGCAGGCGGAUCUCUCGGACUUGCACUGCGCCAUGGCCAGAUACGUGGCAGCCGCCAAGUUGAACCGGUCCACUCCGCUGGACCCGAAGUUCCUGCACCGGCUGCUCAGCGACGUGGAGAAGCAGUGGAACCAGCCGAACCAGGAGGCGCUUAGCAGGGAUCUGGAGCAGUGGCUGGCGGAUGCGAUGAACGGCUUCGUGGAGCGGUCGCUCAACCAGAUCCGGCGGCACAGGGACAUCUUUCCCGCCUUGAACCCGCCCUCUUUAAUCCGUUUGGAGUUCCUGCUGCGCUGUCUGGGACUCCUGGGCUCGAUGAGAGCCUUCCGGGCGGUGUGUCCCUUCAACAAGGGAGUGAGGGGCGAGGUGGUGAAUGCUUUGCGCAAGGGAUCCGUGAUGUGGGGCCAAACGGUGAUGCGGGAAUCGCAGGCACUGCCCAAUCCAUUAUCGAACUUCGUAACGACAUUAACGGCCGACAUUCAGCUGGGACAGACCUACUACCAUGCCCUCUUCGACAACACGAAUGGGAUUCAGUACUUCAGCAUCAUCUACAAACAGUACGAUGCGAUGGUGGGCGAGGAGGUGUACAGCCGGAUGGCCGCUGGCCAGGUGCCCGGGGUGCGGAUGAAUCUCUCCCAGUACGCCGUGCUCGAGGGCGAUGCUGAGCCGGUGGACACCAAGCCCUUCGAGCUCUUCCUGGCCCUCCAGGAGUUCUGUCAGCUGAAGCGACACCUGUCCACCCAACCGCAGCCACCGGAGAAGCCAUUGGCGCUGAGCAACAGCCACGAGUGGUUUAUUCCGACGCUGGAGCGCUGGAUGAUGGUCAGCAAGGCGAAGGCGCUGCAGAGGAUCAGGGCCGCCAUUCGCAUGGAUGCCAUUUGCGAGGGUGAGCGGAUUGUCCGCUACAGUAGCUCCUCGGUAGAUACGGCCAGCACUCUGCUGAACAUCAAGGAGUUCUGGAAGGUGAUGAACUGGCCGGACGAGGAUACGGCCAUCAUGCUGGAAUCCCAGCUGAUUGAUGUGGUUUGCUCGGCUGCCAUGCACUACUGCGAUCUGAUCCAUACUGCAUUGGCGGAAGGUGGUUACUAUGAGCAGCAGGGUCCUUUCCGGUGCUCCGAUGACAUGUGCGUCACGGUCAACAAUGUGGAGUAUGUGCGUCGCACUCUUGCGGAGUUUCGGUCGGAUGAGCAGCCGCUCGAGGAGUCGGCGGAUAACCUGCUGGAGUCGAGUCUCACCCACAUGGAGAACCGCUGCGAGAGGAUCCUAUCGAAACUAGCUCCCCUCAUGCAGAUGUCCCUGCAGAAGGCGAUGUUCCAUUUGGCCUGGUCACCCGAUUCCCUGCCCGCCAAUCAGGCGAUUGUUCCUCUGUUGGAGUACUUGGAUUGCCACCUGGCUGCUUUGAAUAGUGCUCUGCUCACCAAGAACUUCAAUCGAUCGCUGCGUUUCAUUUGGAAAACUGUUCUGGGGGAGAUGUCCCGGCAAAUGGAAACUGGAGAUGAAACGGAUAAACCCACCCAUUUCCACAAGCGACUCUAUGAGGCGUUGCAACUGCUCAUCGAUUUCUUUCACGCCGAAGGACAGGGAUUACUUUUGGAGUGCCUGCACACCGAGGACUUCUGGAGGAUCGAGCAGAGGCUGCAGUUCCACAAAACCGAUACCGAUAGACUUAUCGAUAUGUUCUACAUGCAACGCUUGAGGGAACAACUGAUGGCAGUGAUGCCCUCUCCUUACGGAUCUCUGGCUGUGAGGGCUUAUUUCAAUCAUGACUCCCUCUGCGUGGAGGUCCUUCAUGCCAGGGAUGUGGUGCCCCUCGAUCCGAACGGUUUCAGCGAUCCCUUUGUGGUCAUAGAGCUCCUUCCCCGCAGGAUCUUCCUUCACUGCAUGGAGCAGCAGACUAAUGUGCAUAAGCGCACUCUGAACCCCGUAUUCGAUGAAUGCUUCGAGUUCUCGGUGACCCUGGAGCAGUGUUUGACCGAAGGAGCCAUGAUCUGCUUCACGGUAAUGGACCACGAUGUCCUGACGGCCAACGACUUUGGAGGCGAGGCCUACUUGGCACUGGGCAACAUUCCCGGGGUGGCGGACUACAGCACGAGUGUGGACAACUUCCACGGGCUGAAGCAAAUCGAACUGCCACUCAUGGAGCAAAAGGAUAAAUGCAAUCCCAUUUUGCAAAUCCUCGAGGUGCGAAUCAAUGACAAACAGGCCCAGGACUUUGUGCGCAAACAGAAGGCGCGGUUUAUCAAUUGAUUCUUAAGAGGAUUCUAAAAAGGAUUGAACAAGGAAAACAGGACUACCGAACGAACCGUUUGUAAAACGCUUUGGAAAGUGCGAUGAAAGUGCGGAUCGAGCAAUGAAAUUGCCUCGAUGGCGGCGAUGAUAACUUAACCAACGCUAAAUUGUACCCAAUCCAGCAUUGUAUGUAUUUAACUUAAUCUAGUUGUUCGACAAAGACUCCUCCUUCUCUUCAGUUUGUAAAUGUUAGCGAAGAAUCGAAAUUCAAAUGGUGCAAAAGUGACGAGUAACACAAGUGGGGAAACCAGUUUCCCGGCUCUAAACUAAACGUUGCUUGAACAAAAUUUACGGAUAAAUUUAAAACCACAUUUUAGGGACUUAUUAGAAGCCCAGCGCAUUGCUGAAAUUGUCACAAUUGGGCAGUAACGAAAAAAAAGUAAUUAGCCACAAAAAUAUCUCAAAUACGAACACACGAAAACUUGAGCUACCUACUCCAGCACCCAGAUGCGUUUUGAAGACUUUUACCAACAAAAAAAAAAAAACACGGUUAAGAUUAUUAAGUAAGUAAUUUCCUGAGAAACGCGUAAAUAUCACUUGUACACAACACACACUUUUUGGGUCAAUUUAAACUAUACGAGUAUAUAUAUCAGCAACAAGUAUACCUAAAUAUACAGAUCCUUUUCUACGGCAACAAUCCUUUCAAGGAAACAAUCAAAAUCUGCGUAACUCUGAGCUUCUUUGAAACCCCCGAAAAAUGAAAAACUGAAACACAAACACCGAACAUAAUCACAUCCAGACAAACAGGAGAAAGCUAUUUACAAUACGAAAAUACGAGAUAUAUGAGAUAUAUGUACACGGGACUUGUACAUUUUAUAUCACGCCCAAAGGAACAGUGUAACUAAGUCUAAAGUAUAUUUGUAAACUAUUUUCUGAGCACAGAUUUUGUAUAAAUUUAUUAGACACGCGCUUGUCCCCCGAGAGGCAGCCUUCAGCUCUUUUGCUUAUACACAACUUAGGGCUUUUUCCCCGAUUUAAAAUCCAAUAUCCCUCCCCUCCCCCCUUUCCCCUUUAUCCCCACAUUGGUUUUUUCCACACAGAAGAAGGUCUCGCUUCUAUUGUAAAUUUUGUACUAUAUACAACGGUCUCUGUAAUGAAGAAACUUAAACCUAUACACGCGGUUAAGCUGUGUGUACUAUACGUUAUAUAAUAUAAAAUGGGAGAAUUGUUGAAAACUGUAACUCUUAACUGUAAACUGUAGCAAGAACUUUUUAUACCUUUCGCUAAGGAGGCAGUGGGCGUGGCUGAGGACAAUUUUAGUGAAGAAGAAAACCAAAGAUAAACUACUAAAGAUGCACAAACAAAGAUGAAAAUCCAAGUCAAAUUACAACUAUUUUUAAUAUUUACACUACAAGAACAUUUCACGAUUGUUAAUUACAAGUGAACGGAGUAUUACGCAAACAAGAAUAUAAUUAUAUAGAUAAAUGGAUAAAUAAUUAAUCGUUAAUCAUGUAUUUAGUUUGUAAGACAAACCCUUUGUUUGAAAUACUUGCACAGCCUUUAUCGUCUGAAACAAUUUAUUAAAUAAUUUUACUUUGUUAAGUUUGAUUUUUCUUCAACUUCGUUAGUCUGCCAUCGCCAAGACAUCGACAAGGAUCAGCAAAUAAUAUCCUGGCAGCAGGAAGCUGUGAUCCUUAAGGACAAACAUCGAAGUAGAGUACGCUGUACGACCUGAUUUCAAGUGCUCUAUAUAAUAUAGAGUCUAUAUGCUGUGUUCCACUACUGAAACUCCUCCUUCACUCUGUAUCUUCCAAGGGCACUCGUUAAUUUAAACUCCCCACUUCAAACUCUUAUCUUCCAAAUCUUGUGCAGCAAAACCACUAAAGAAAUAAACAAAUAAAUAGUUAAAUGCAUAAACAUAAAUAUAUGAGAGCAAGUGUUUGCUGUACUAACCAACCAUAACUACUGUGUUGAUAUGUGUACCUAUGAUAAUUUCCUAUAUCGAAUAGACAAACUCAAACACACACACACACGUGGGCAACCAAUAAUAAAUAAAUAAAAUCAAAUUUAAUUACUCAUGUUACUAGUACUAGCUAAAAAAUACGUGAAGCAAGCCGAGAGUAGGAUAAAUGUAAACAAAAGUAAACAAAUCUCAUUUAAAUGCGAAUCUGAUAAAGAAUGCGAAAAUUGGCAACAACAAUGAGACCAAACGCAUUUCCCAAACCGCAACAAAACCCACAAGCAACUGAUACUAUUGAAAAUCAAGGCCAAAACAUGCAAAUACCUACUAUAAAUAUUACUAUAUAUAUAUACAUAUAUAUUUGAAUGUGCAAUUGUUGUGCUAGUUACAGAAUACAAAGAAAACAUACAAGAGCCCUCCUACAUUUACAGAACGCAAAUGCAAAUGCAGAUACUUUUAAUUGCCACAUUUACAAGCGACCAGCAGAUGAUAAACUAGAAAAACUAUUUUCGAUAAUAUACGUUACAAGUAUUUAUUUCCCCGUUUCAUUCAGGGCAAACUUUUACAAAAAAAAAACCACACACGAAACCCUUCGAAAGAUACUAAGUAUUUAUGGCUAAUGUAUUUUUUGUAUGCCAAGAUAGAACUAUAGAACACUCUACCGCCGAAACUUGAUAUGAAUAUUUUCGAACAAAAAACAACCGAAAACCAAACAAAAAUAUAUAUAGUUUUUUAAAUGUGAGUGUGUGUAUUGCAAUUAACAACGGGCCACAAUUCAGGUUCCUAAGCUCCCCUCCGUAAAUAUCUAAAAGAAAGAUACCUAAACAAUAAAACACCGCAAACUCUUAACCCUAAGUACAUAAUUUUGUGUCUGUGCAACAGCUAAUAUCAAAUCAAAUCAAAUCGAUAGGUAAAUAAGAGUAAGAACGAAGGAAACCCUUGAACACAUAUUCAAUGUAAAUUCAACAAAUGCUGCAGAAAAAACAUUAUCAAAUUCAAUCAAUAAAUGUCAAUGAAUAAUUAA